AUGACAGAUACGCUUACGCGUCCUCCGGAGAACGAUACAUGUGGCGACCCAUCGAAGGACAACAGCAAGCCUUCGACUAUUACGUCUCUGAUUUCUCGCUCAGAGAAUCUAUGUGUGCGACACCAACGCAUGGCGGAUGAAGGCGCGAAUGCACGCUUGCAAAAGUCUAUCGAUGGAUUGUCUCUCGACGAGAAAGAGGCUGUGAACACUGUAUGGUCGCUUUUUUCCUCAUCGCCCCACUCGCGUCGCGCCCUCAUUUUGCGUGGUCUUCUGACAAUGUGCUGUUCUAGCCAGCUUUCUCUUCUUGCUUCUGAGGUCGCGAUGGCUGUGCGUAUGGACCCUUUCUCUCUUUUCCCCCGCGAAGUGUCUUUGCGUAUUCUUGGCUACUUGGAUGCCAUCAGCCUAGGCCGCGCUGCCCAGGUGAGUCGGCUCUGGCGUUCGCUCGCGGAUAACGAUUUGCUAUGGCGCAACAUGUGUGAGCAGCACAUUGAACGCAAGUGUGAGAAGUGUGGUUGGGGCUUGCCUCGCUUGCCGGACAACCGAGGGCGCACGGGCGACCCCACCAUGAUUCUUUCCAGCUCGACAAGCACGAAGGACGACGAGUACCGCAAAGCGGCCUCUGCAGUAUCAGACGGCAAUUUACGGCGUACUAUUACUGCUGCAGCAAAUGCAGCAGCGAUUGAGAAGCGCAAAAACUCGGUCACCCGUGAGUCGUCUCGCUCCUGCUCGCCCUGCGAGGAUGAUCACGAGAAGAAACGUGUGCGUACAUCAUCGCCCAUUACUCGCCCAUGGAAGGCCGUGUACUGCGAGCGUCUUGCUAUCGAGCGAAACUGGCGCUAUGGUCGUUAUCGCGUUCAGGUGUUGCGUGGACACACGGAAGGUAUCAUGUGCCUUGCCUUCCGUGAGAAGUUGAGUCAGCUGCCUUAUCCCGUCUUGGUGACGGGUGGCUAUGAUCGGACCAUUCGUGUAUGGAACUUGGCCACGGGCGAAACGCUUCGCGUGCUUACGGGCCAUGCACGUGGCGUGCGCUGCCUCCAGUUCGACGACGUGAAGCUUAUUACGGGCUCCAUGGACCGUACGUUGAAGAUCUGGAAUUGGCGCACAGGGGAGCUGUUGCGUACGCUAGAGGGCCACACGGAGGGUAUUGUGAGUUUGUGCUUUGAUGACAAUAUUCUCGUGAGUGGCAGUGCGGACAGCAAUAUUCGUGUUUGGAACUUCCAUACGGGUGAAUGUUUCCCGCUGGACGGACACCGUGACUGGGUCAAUGCAUUGCAGCUGUGGUCGGGUCAUAAUCAGCUGACCAAGUCGCUGGAUAUGUUCCUAUUUUCCGCAUCCGAUGACUUCACUGUCCGGCUAUGGGAUCUGCAACAUCGUGAAUCCAUCAUGGUCUUCCGUGGCCAUGUCGGCCAAGUGCAGUCUAUCAAAGUCGUGACCAUGGAUGUCUCGACGAUUCGCAAACUUGCUCGUGGCUCGACGCGUGUGCUGGGCACGACCGAGUACGACUCCGACUCUAGUGAUGAGGGCGGCACGCCCAAAGGGCAAGCAACGCCGCUCUCCACCUCGUUCACCAGCCAGGCAGCCGACGUAUCGAAUCUGCCUGAGCACUUUUUCCAGUCAGCAGGGCCAAGCACACGGCGUGCCACCUCGUCGCAUGCGCGUCGUAUCCCAUCGACCUUGGUGCGUGUGCAUGAGCGCCUGAGCGCGGCGGGACUUGUGCCUGCUCUUUCUCGCUACUCGACGUUGGCUGACGUGGAAGAUGGCAUCUUUGACGGGUCCGAAGACGACAAGGAAGCUGUGCCGAGUUGCAAGACCAAGCGACCUGUGCUGGUCUCUGGCUCGCUUGACAACACGCUGAAGCUCUGGGAUAUUCGGACUGGCCGCUGCUUCUAUACGCUCUUUGGCCAUGUGGAAGGUGUGUGGUGUGUGGAUGUGGAUACGCUGCGCAUCGUGUCGGCCUCGCAUGAUCGCACCAUCAAGAUUUGGGACCGCGAUACUGGCCAAUGUCAAACGACGUUGGUCGGCCAUCGUCGUGCUGUAACGACGUGUGCCUUGGGCGACGACAAGAUUAUUAGUGGCAGUGAUGAUGGCGAUGUGCGUGUAUGGAGUUUCUGUCCCCCCCGCGAUGCGCCGGCGUGA